AUGUCUGGAAAUGGCGACAUUGGCCGGGCGGCGAAGUUCAGCCGACUUCCAAGCUCAAGGGCUGUCGAUGCCGGAUUUUUUCGCAAUGCAAAGAUCCGAACGGCUACAGAAAAGGGCGGCAACUCGAACGAGGAGGAUGAAGCCGCAGGAUUGGAAGAAAAGGAAGGGCCCGGCACGCUGGGGCUGCGCAUCGAAUGCCGGAAAUGUCGUCAGACGGUCGACGGGCCGGAUGAUUGUCUCGUGCUCCACGCUUCAGAUCAUUCGCCGAGAAAGCGCUACGUGUGCACAAAAUGCGGAACGCAGGCCAGCCGCCUCAUCGACCUCGAGCCCCAUCAUCGUCGAUGUCCAUUCCGGGGUGGCGGCGCCGGACGCGUCCUCGACAGAGCCGACCACAGCCUCGUCAACACGUGGUACCGCGAGUUCACGCAGUGCUUUGCCGAGCCCGACCACGAGUGCUUCAUCAACGGGCUGAUGAUCAUGAAGGAGGACGAGAUGGCCCGCGCCAAGUCGACCCCCGUCCCCUCCACU